AUGCGGGAUGCAGAGAUGCGGGAUGCAGAGAUGCGGGAUGCAGAGAUGCGGGAUGCAGAGAUGCUGGAGCUGCCUCACCUGAUCAAGCCCCAUAUUCUUUUCAAUGGCUCUAAUUUCAACAUUGAUCGCGUUUUGCCCCGGAGCCAGGUGUGCCGCCCCCCGCUGCUGCACGGCUCGCUGCCCUGGCUGGACGGGAGCAAAGCGCUGAGCAGCCACCACAGCGCUUCCCCUUGGAACCUCAGCCCUUUCUCCAAGACCUCCAUCCAUCACAGCUCACCGGGACCCCUUUCCGUCUACCCACCCGCUUCCUCUUCCACUUUAUCCGCCGGCCACUCCAGCCCGCACCUUUUCACCUUCCCACCGACCCCUCCUAAAGAUGUGUCCCCGGAUCCGUCCAUCUCCACGCCCGGCUCCACCGGCUCCACCCGGCAGGACGAGAAGGAAUGCAUCAAAUACCAGGUGUCCCUGGCCGAUACCAUGAAGCUGGAGUCCUCUCACUCUCGGAGCAGCAUGGCCUCUUUAGGAGGAGCCACCUCCUCCGCUCAUCACCCCAUCACUACCUACCCACCGUAUGUCCCAGAAUAUGGCUCUGGACUUUUUCCCCCCAGUAGCCUCUUAGGAGGAUCGCCCACCGGCUUCGGGUGUAAAUCGCGACCGAAAGCACGGUCAAGCACAGAAGGCAGGGAGUGUGUAAAUUGUGGGGCUACCUCAACCCCUCUGUGGAGAAGAGAUGGCACCGGGCACUAUUUGUGUAACGCCUGUGGACUCUAUCACAAAAUGAAUGGGCAGAACCGGCCCCUGAUCAAACCCAAGAGAAGGCUGUCUGCAGCCAGGAGGGCGGGCACGUCCUGCGCGAACUGUCAGACCACCACUACCACCCUGUGGAGGAGAAAUGCCAACGGCGAUCCCGUCUGUAACGCCUGCGGGCUCUACUACAAGCUGCACAAUAUUAACAGACCCCUGACUAUGAAGAAAGAAGGAAUCCAGACCAGAAACCGAAAGAUGUCUAGCAAAUCCAAAAAGUGCAAAAAGGUCCACGACAACCUGGAAGACUUCCCCAAGAGCAGCUCUUUUAACCCCGCCGCCCUCUCCAGACACAUGUCCUCCAUCAGCCACAUUUCACCUUUCAGUCACUCCAGCCACAUGCUGACCACACCGACACCGAUGCAUCCUCCAUCCAGCCUCUCCUUUGGACCUCACCAUCCUUCCAGUAUGGUCACUGCCAUGGGUUAGCAAGAGACUCCCCUGCUGAAUGCUUACGGUCUCAAAAUGAGAUUUACUUUAUAUACUUGCAUUUUUGCAGGCGUGUGGUUUUAUGGGUCUGACGUCCCAAAUUGAAUGGGGGGGAGAAGGGGAAAAGAAUUAAAAAUUAAAUAAAAAACGUUAUUUGAAGGCGUAAGAAAGAGAGAAAAUAAAAAAUAAAAAAAACUCAGAAAAAAAAACUACAAAAAGCACAAAAAA